AUUUAACAACAACAACAAACCAUUCCCUCAUCCCAACACUGAAUCUCCACCCUCCUUCUCCUCUCUGUCUUCUCCGCUUCUUCCAACCAAAUCCACAUCCAGAAGAAGGAGAAGAAGAUGGAGACUCGCGCUUCAAGGAAGAGGGCCGCCGCCGCUGUUGCCGCCACCACACCGGUCCAGAUUGAUACUCAGCCUCUCAAGAAGCAGCGCGUUGUGUUGGGUGAACUCACCAAUCUGUCAAAUCUGAUCUUCCCGCUUCCUGCAAAUUUGAUUCCGCAGAAACAGAAACUGCAACCUCGCAAGAAUCCUGGCUUGAAGAAACAACCUAUAACCCUCCCUUUGGAUGUUAAGGUUGAGAAGUUUGAUGACCCACAUGGUGGCAGCGAGUGUUAUGAACCCAGCAUCCUCAACUACCUUCGCGAAAUGGAGAUGCAGAAAAAGCGGAGACCAAUGGUUGAUUACAUUGAGGAGGUUCAGAGGGAGGUUACAGAGAACAUGAGAGGGAUAUUGGUGGAUUGGCUUGUGGAAGUUGCAGAGGAGUACAAGCUUCUCUCUGAAUCACUGUUUCUCUCUGUUUCCUAUGUUGAUAGGUUUCUAUCCAUUAACCCUGUCAAAAAGGGGAGGCUUCAAUUGCUGGGUGUGACUUCCAUGCUCGUUGCAUCGAAGUAUGAAGAAAUUGACCCACCAAAUGUUCGACAGUUUUGCUCAAUUACUGAUUACACAUACAACAAGGCAGAGGUUGUAGAGAUGGAAGCUGAUAUCCUCAGGUACCUAAAUUUUGAAAUGGGGAACCCAACUGCAAUCACAUUUCUUAAGAGGUUUACUGAGAUUGAUUCUAAGAAUCAGAAAACACCAAAUUUGCAGAUUGAAUUUCUAAGCAAUUAUCUUGCUGAGCUGAGUUUGAUGGAUUAUGAAUGUAUAAGAUUCUUGCCUUCUGUUAUUGCUGCAUCAGCUAUAUUUCUUGCCAGAUUUAUUCUCUCCCCUGAUGACCAUCCUUGGACUCCAUCCCUGCAAGAAUACACUGGUUAUCAGGCAAUUGAGUUGAAAGCAUGUGUUCUCAUCCUGCAUGACUUAUAUUUAGCAAGAAGGUGUGCAUCCUUAAGAGCUGUUAGGCAGAAAUACAGGCAGCACAAGUUCAAAUAUGUGGCAAACUUUCCUUCCCCACCAGAAGUACCGAAGUUUUACUUUGAUCCUGUGAUUCAGCUGGAUUGAUGUCAGAAGAGCUAAUCAAGCUAUAAAGAUGAAGUUAUAGGUGCUACUCACAAUGCUUCAAGGCUUGACAAAAUCAGCACCUUAUUUUGGGAAGUUACUUCAUCAUAGUGAUUAGUGGCUUUGUUGUUACAACAUUUUUUACAUGCUAAAGGGCAUUUGGCAAUCAACUUGUUUGCCUCAUACAGAAACCUUGAUAGGAUCAACAAUGUUAAUGCUUUUAAUUGUAGGGAUCUCAUUGUCUAGUUAGAUCAGAUUAGGUUGUGGGGAUCUUAUGAUGAUAAAUUACUCAUACAUUGAUCACUUUCUGAAUCAGGAUGUGCAUCCUGUUGUUAAACUGUAAUUUUUUGUGUAGGCAUUAAGUUAUAAAAUAUACUUUUAUGAUCUUC